GGAGGAGGAGGAGGAGGAGGAGGAGGAGGAGGACCAGGAAGGUGAAGAAGGAGGAGAACCAAAGCCGCACAACUCACUCGGCGAAGGAGAAACUUUGACGGCCCAGGUUGGCCGGCGCGCGAGGCAGAAGGAGCCUAGGCAAGAAAACGAGAGGGAGAGAGCCACUCCAAACUUUUCUGGGGAUUUUUUUCUGUUGCUCUGCUUGUUUGGACGGGGAGGUGGGGAAGGAGAGGUCGGGCGCACGCCGAGUGUCGCGUGGUUUUCCGAAGCCCGAGCGGGGCCGGCGGCGUAAAUGUUCGGGAUUCAAGACACUUUAGGAAGAGGACCAGCUCUGAAAGAGAAAUCUCUGGGCGCCGAGAUGGAGUCGGUCAGAUCCUGGGUGAGGAACGUCGGGGUGGUGGACGCCAACGUAGCGGCACAAAGCGGGGUAGCGCUGUCCCGGGCGCACUUCGAGAAGCAGCCGCCUUCCAACUUACGGAAAUCCAAUUUCUUCCAUUUUGUCCUGGCGCUGUACGACCGGCAAGGCCAGCCCGUGGAGAUCGAGAGGACGGCGUUCGUGGACUUUGUCGAGAAUGACAAAGAACAAGGCAACGAGAAGACCAACAACGGGACUCACUACAAACUCCAGCUACUCUACAGCAACGGAGUCCGGACAGAGCAAGAUCUCUUCGUGAGACUCAUUGAUUCAGUCACCAAACAGCCCAUCGCCUACGAGGGCCAGAACAAGAACCCGGAGAUGUGCCGCGUCCUGCUCACCCAUGAGGUCAUGUGCAGUCGGUGCUGUGAAAAGAAGAGUUGUGGAAACAGAAACGAGACUCCUUCAGACCCAGUCAUCAUCGACAGAUUCUUUUUAAAAUUUUUUCUCAAGUGCAAUCAGAAUUGUUUGAAAACAGCAGGAAACCCAAGAGAUAUGCGACGUUUUCAGGUUGUGCUGUCCACCACAGUGAACGUGGAUGGACACGUGUUGGCUGUUUCUGACAACAUGUUCGUUCACAACAAUUCUAAACACGGGAGGAGAGCGAGAAGACUUGAUCCAUCUGAAGCCACACCGUGCAUCAAAGCCAUCAGCCCGAGCGAAGGCUGGACUACAGGAGGAGCCAUGGUCAUCAUUAUAGGAGAUAACUUCUUUGACGGCCUUCAGGUUGUGUUUGGGACCAUGCUCGUGUGGAGUGAGCUGAUAACUCCUCAUGCUAUCCGAGUGCAGACUCCCCCACGACACAUCCCUGGAGUAGUGGAAGUGACAUUAUCUUAUAAAUCCAAGCAGUUCUGCAAAGGGGCUCCUGGAAGGUUUAUCUAUACAGCACUGAAUGAGCCCACCAUAGAUUACGGCUUCCAGAGACUCCAGAAAGUAAUUCCACGGCACCCUGGUGACCCUGAGAGAUUAGCAAAGGAAAUGCUAUUGAAAAGAGCGGCAGAUCUAGUGGAAGCCCUCUAUGGAACACCCCACAAUAACCAGGACAUAAUCCUGAAGCGAGCUGCCGACAUUGCUGAAGCUCUCUACAGUGUCCCCAGAAACCCCAGCCAGAUACCCACUUUGUCCAGCUCCCCAGCUCACAGUGGCAUGAUGGGAAUCAACUCCUAUGGUAGCCAGCUAGGGGUCAGCAUCUCGGAGUCAACACAAGGGAACAACCAAGGCUACAUCCGCAACACCAGCAGCAUCUCUCCACGUGGCUACUCCUCCAGCUCAACACCUCAACAGUCUAAUUACAGUACCUCCAGCAACAGCAUGAAUGGGUACAGCAAUGUCCCCAUGUCCAAUCUGGGGGUCCCAGGGUCACCAGGGUUCAUCAACGGCUCACCCACAGGCUCUCCCUAUGGAAUCAUGUCUUCAAGUCCAACUGUCGGCUCUUCCAGCACCUCCUCCAUCCUCCCAUUCUCCUCCUCGGUGUUUCCUGCUGUCAAACAGAAGAGCGCCUUUGCUCCUGUCAUCAGACCCCAGGGCUCCCCUUCUCCAGCUUGCUCUAGUGGCAAUGGCAAUGGAUUUAGAGCCAUGACCGGUCUUGUUGUCCCCCCAAUGUAAAGAGGACGAAGAGUUGCUUUUUCCCAGCACAAAACUACUUAUUCUGACGGACCACUAAUAAGGAAAGCACUACAAGCUCUUUGGGGAACCCCAGGCCCCUAAAGGAACACUAUAUAUGGAUCUGGAUAUGCAAGGAGCCUGCAUCUUCACUCGGCCUCUCAUUUCUCCCGUAGCUGCGACCACAGCUACACAAACUCCAAUCCUGUCAUGGACAAGGGCGGCCAAUGCCCUUGAUCUGGUCAGUUCUAGGAACGGAAAUGCAAGUUUUGACUUAACGGACCUUACAAAAAACCUUCCUAUGUUUGUAAAAUAUUCAAACAAAUUGGCAAACAAUUCAAGCUUGAUAUUUUGGAUACUAUUUGAUUUUCUUUGUAGGAAAGAGUUGAAGUUUCUAUUUUCUAUGAAGCCUUUCAGAUAUCAAUUUAGUUUGUGCAGAAAAAAAAAAUUUGAACAAAACAGGGUACCAGCAUGGAAGACUUUCUAAAAACAAAACUGAAUUGAAUGAUAAAAUGUUGUUGUCUGUGUGUUUGCUUAUAGUUGAAUCUCUUGAAAAACACAAAAACCACAAAAAUUUAAAAUGUUUUACAAUUAUUUAAAUGAAUAAAUGUGUAACUUAUUGUAAGUAGAGGUAGAAAUGAAAAUCUUUUUGGAAGGGGAUUUUCUCUUCCCAUUGUACAAUGAAAAUGAUGCAAAAAUGUAGGAACAAGUUGAAAGGUUUGUGACGAUUUCUGCAGCUAUGUCUUGGCCACACCUACCUACACUCCCACCUCUGUGGUGUUUUUCACCAUGUGCAUGGACAUGUAAUUUCAUAGAUUCUUUCAGAACAACUCAUUGAAAAGUCAGAAAGUCAAAAGGGCACCCAAAUACACACAAAUGUACACACAUGCACACACGCACACUCACACAUGCAUGCAUGCCUAGAUACAUCAGUUCACUCUUCGGCCACGACCAUAUUGGAUUCAACUUAACUUGUGCAUCCCAUUUAGUUUUCUAUUGCCAUUGCCAUUUUAGCUAGGAGGGGAUUUUCACCCCUACUCCAGAGCCACACAGUACCCUCUGACUCCAUCACAUUCCAGUUGAAUUAGUGUUGGAUUUUCCACAUCUCACCUUAGGUUCUUGCCUCCAAGCUCUCCGCCCAUCAUUAAAGGUUGAGAGCAGGGUGGGCAUAAGAGGCUCCAGUGUUUGGAGCUGAUGAAGCAAGACCCUCUAAAGAUAUCUGGAAUGAGGGCCUGGCAGUGGACAUUCAUCCCCCAGCCCUCCAGGACUUUAGAUCAAGCACCAACAGAGUCACUUUGGUACUCACAGUCCACAUUGGUCGCUAGCCCAAGUGAGGAGGCCUGUGCUCCGGACCAGUUUACUUUCCCUCCUUGCCUGCUAAAUAGCCCUGCUAAGCAAUGAAGAAGCUUUCUGGUCCAAGCCCACUCUGGAGUCUCACCUCCAGAUCUGUCUCUGGACUCUCCCACUACCAUUAAAUUCAUUUGGUUAAAUUCACACAGACCCCCUCAUAGGCACCCAGACACAUAAAGACAGACAGAAUUCACACAGACCCACUCUUGGGCACCCAGACACAUAAAGGCAGACAGACACACACACACACACACACACACACACACACACAGAGGAAAAGUUGAAGCCACUGAGUAUAGUUCCCAGGUGAGACUGCACUGGGGAGUGGAGUCAAGAGGGAACAAUGAAAAAUCCAGAAAUCCCUCCACAAGCCGCUAGUUCCAAGCAACACAAGUCUGAAUAGUAGGAGACCCACUGAAUGGAUUUACUUCCCCAGACAUUUCAGUUGUAUACCCAUGAUGUGUCUGCUAGAUUGCUGAGAUGCUUCAGGCUUGGGGAGGUGACUUUAAGAUGCAUUAGUUGCCAACAAGGGGUGAGUCACAAAGAGACUUUAUUGGAGAGCCUGUGACUCUCCAAAUGCCCCUAGACUCAAUACAAUUCAAAUAAGGUCAUCAUGACUCUGCUGGCCCUACAGGAGGCCAGGAGGAGCUCACACAUCUCCCCCAACCAUGGUGUUUUGGGGUGGACCAAAACAGCCUGAUAGAGCUCUCGUCAAGUUGGGCACACGGAGAGACGUAAUGAAAAGAGAAUCUUCAUCACUUUUCUAAACCACCCACAUUCUCAUGCCCACCUACCUUCCCUUUUUGAUUUCUCUUUUUUCUUUUGGAGCUUUCAGAAAUGACCUGAGUAGGAUUUCUAUGCACCAAGAAAAUCCAAAGUUUUGGAUAGCUGGAGUGCAUGCAACUACUGCUUACGGAAAAGCCUAGGGCCCCAACGGGUCCAGACCCGAAGAAACAUCCCCAAGAAUAUCCCAAAUGUAAACACAUAGAAAUGGGGAAAGCUAACAUAAUUGUCCAACAAUAAAGGCUGACCAAAAUUCAGCAUGUCUGGACCUGGAUUUGAGCCAAUCAAACAUAAGGACAAAUUUUUUAAAAAGUAGCAUUGCUUUAGGAUCUGUGAAUUUUGCUCUUGCAUGGAGAUGAGUACAGUACUGUCUUCAAAAUGAUUGUAGAACUUGUUGGUAGCUUUAACACCGAAAAAUGUGUGUAACUGAAUACCCAGAAGUCCUGGAUCACUCAGCUAGGAUGUUGGCAACAACGGAAAUAUUUAAAUGUACAAAUUUGUGUGUAAGGAUUUUUUUAGUGUAUUAAAUGAAAAGCUACUCUAUCCUUUUUAGUCAUUGCUGUUUAAUAAUCCCCAUCCCAGCUUAUUUUGUGCCACUUGAAAUACAAGUAUUUCUAUAGGUAACUACAAACUUUAUCCUGACUUUGUAAGAGGAAUUGUGUUUUUUUUUUAAAAGGGAUAUUUUAUUUCAUUAUUUAUCUUGUUUUUGUUAUAGCAUCUUAAUUCUCCCCUUUUCUUUGCACACUUUAAUAUGCAUGGUUUAAAAACCGUUAUCUCCUCCCUUUUGUAAAGUAAGGUCUCAUUUCUCAAACUGUAUAGUUCAUUUUAUCGUUUGGCUUUGUCAGUUAUAUACAGUAUAAAGUUGCUAUGCACAGAGCAUUUUGUAAAGAUAGCUUUUUUUGGUUUACUGUUUUUAAUGGUCUUACUUAUGGAAGAAUAUCUCGUUUGUAAAAUGAAUAUGUCUACUUCAGUUUUAAACUUUAAAUUAUCCUAACAAAAAAAAAAUAAAAUUUUUGUACUGUAA